AUGAUCAAAAUACCUGCUUCUUGCUCUCAGGGGAACAAUAAUAAGUUUAACAAUGAUGUCUCAUAUAUGAGCUCUUGUCCAGCUUCUCUUUCAGAAUCAUCUGUAAUGAAUAAUAAUGAGUUAAGCAAUGACAGCUUUCAGAAUUUAAAAAAAACCACACUAAAGAGAAAUUCUAAAAGAUCCAGUAAUUUAUCUACUAAAUUUAAUAGACCAACAAAGCUUAUUAAAUUAGAAACUGAGAUUGAAGUUCAUGUUGCAUGUGAUAAGAAUUAUAAUGUUGCAGUUCAAGUAUCAACAUCUUGUUCUCAGGGAAACAAUGACGAGUUGAACAAUGAUGUCGUAUAUCUGAAUUCUGAAGUGAGCUCUUGUCAAAUCUCUGCUCCUUUAAGAUCGUCUCAAUGUAUUAAUAAUGAGUUGAACAAUGAUAGCUGUCCAAAUUUUGAAGUGCACUCUCGCAAGACUUUUUCUCCUUUAAGUAAAGAUAUGAAAACUGAGAAAACAUUAUCUACUGAAAAUAACAAUAAUAAUUCUAUAGAUAUGCAUGAAAAGAUAGAAAAAAGUAAUUUUAAAAAUGAAAAUGUAUCACUUGAAGUGAAUAAAGAAUUAGAUGAUGUUAAACAAUGUUUAGAUGACAUGAGUGCAUUUUCUGAGUUAUCAGAUAGUAAUGAAAAAGAAGAGCCUGAAUCUACAAAGCAAACUUAUACACCCUAUUACAUCGCCAAUUUUAGACAUAUUUUACAUUGUGUUUUAAAUGUAGAUGAUAAUAAAAUUCUUUUUAAUGAAGAAGAUAUGAAUUUUGUGAAUGCUUUUAAUUCCAUAUCAGGAUAA